AUGUCUGAUAAACCUGUUGAAUCCGUUCCAGCUACCGAUGCUGAACAAGUAGUUGCUGAACCUGCUUCUGCUCCUGCUCCUGCUCCUGCUCCUGCUCCUGCUACCACUGAAACUACUUCUGCUUCCGCUCCUGCUGAAGGUGCAAACGAAGGUGAAGCUGAAGCUGAAGGUGAGGAUGAAUCCAUUGUCCCUGCUAAUGCCAUUAACGGUGGUAGAGAAACUUCCGACAAGAUCCUAUACGUUGGUAACUUGGACAAAUCCAUCAACGAAGAUAUUUUGAAACAAUACUUCCAAGUUGGUGGCCCAAUCACUAACGUUAAGGUUAUUAACGACAAAAACAACGAAGCCAACUACGCUUUCGUCGAAUACUCUCAACACCACGAUGCCAGUAUCGCUUUGAAGACCUUGAAUGGUAAACAAAUCGAAAACAACACUUUGAAGAUUAACUGGGCUUUCCAAUCUCAACAAAAUACCACCUCUGACGAAACUUUUAACUUGUUCAUCGGUGAUUUGAACGUAGAUGUCGACGACGAAACUUUAGUCGCUGCUUUCAAGGAUUUCAAGUCUUUUAUUCAAGCUCACGUUAUGUGGGACAUGCAAACCGGUAGAUCAAGAGGUUACGGUUUCGUCUCUUUCUCAAACUUAGAUGAUGCCCAAGUCGCAAUGGAUACCAUGCAAGGUAGUGAAUUGAACGGUAGACAAUUGAGAAUCAACUGGGCCUCUAAGCGUGAAAACAAUUCCUCUAAUAACUCAAACAGAAACGGUGGUGGUUUCAACCAACGUCGCCACAACAACAACGGUCCUCGUGGUAACAACAACGGUGGAUUCCGUCCUUUCAACAACAACAUGCCACCUCCUCCAAUGGGUAACAUGGCUCCAAUGGGUGCUCCACCAACUGGGCCAGCUGUCUUACCUCCUGUUGAUCCACAAGCUGUCGAUGACAUGAUCAGAAGAGCUCCACAAAGAGUUACUACUGUUUACAUCGGUAACAUCCCACAUUUUGCUACAGAAGCUGAUUUAAUCCCAUUGUUACAAAACUUUGGUUUUAUCUUAGAUUUCAAACACUAUCCAGAAAAGGGUAACUGUUUUAUUAAAUAUGAUACACAUGAACAAGCUGCUGUCUGUAUUGUAGUAUUAGCUAACUUCCCAUUCCAAGGUAGAAACUUGAAGACCGGCUGGGGUAAAGAAAAAUCUACAUUCAUGCCAAUGCCUCCACAAGAUCCAAAUGGUCAAAUGCCACCUCAUAUGAUGAACGAACAACAACUUCACGGUGAACAACAACAGGAUCAAGGUGAACAAGAACAAUCUCAAGAACAAUCUCACCAAUGA